UACAGAUCAGGAGCUCUCUUGAGGAGCAUUUUGGCUCAUGCGGAGAGAUUACUCAAAUCUCCAUUCCCAGCAUUAUGAAACUGGAGCUCCUGAAGGGAUUGCAUACAUGGGCUUCAAGGAUCAGGAAAGUUUCAACAAGGCGUAUGAGCUCAAUGGUUUUGAUCUUGGAGGAUACACAUCAACUGUGGAUGAGGUGAAGCUGAGAGCUGAUAAUUGUGAUGGUGGCUGGAGUGGUGGCAGGGAUGGUGGAGGUAGAAGCGGCGGGAGAUUUGGAGGAACAGAAGGUGCCAAAUGUGGUGAAGGGGUGACCGUGGCAGCGGACCUGACUUUACAGCAGGGGCCGUGGUUGUGGUGGUACACCAUUCAGGCAGCAAAGUUCUGUGACACCUAGUACAUGUGUGUGAACUAGUAUAAUCACUUUGGAUAAUCUCAUGCAUCUGUGCCCAGCAGUUUUGAUAAAUUCACCAUUUUGCUGGAAAGAAGACUACUUUCGGUGACGAUUAGGCAAAUUUGGAAUCUUUGCUGAAGAUCAAUUUUAUCUGGUGGCCUGUGUUGGUUCAGCAACACGACCAUCACCAUUGCCAUUGAUGAUGAUGAUGCCGUUGUGUUUGAUCCCGUAAGGAACUUGCAAACGUUUGAAGGUAUUGCUUUUGUUAUUGUUGUUGUUGUUUUCCACCUCCAUCUCCUUUAUCAUGCCUAUAAUAGCUCUUGCCUGCCAUUAUAAAUUUGUCAACAAAUGUAUCAUUGAACAUUUCACAAUUGCUUGAAAUCUCAUUAUCAAACUUGUGUUCUUUCCA